UUUCUCACAAAAGAAAAACAGAUAGCAGCGCCCACAAGAUCAUCUCUCCCCCCAUUUCCUCUCUUACUUUAUAGUCUGCUUAUAUUACAGAGAAGAUGCGGAGGUUGGUGAUUGGCAGAACCAGAGAUCUCCUGAACCGUUCACAUCAAAAUUACCGCCACUCCCAACACUCUCUCUUCCUCUCUUCUUCUCGUUUCUUGUCCUCUGCUCCUGUUAUUGAUUCCCCUUCUUCUUCUUCUUCUCCUCCAAUGUCUCCUCCUGUUACCCUUAACUCCAUCAACCCAAAGGUUGUAAAGUGUGAGUAUGCUGUCCGUGGUGAGAUUGUCACCCUUGCCCAGAAAUUGCAAGAAGAGAUUCAGGCUAAGCCAGGCUCUCAGCCCUUUGAAGAGAUACUAUACUGCAACAUUGGAAAUCCUCAGUCUCUUGGUCAGCAGCCAAUAACAUUUUUCCGAGAGGUUCUUGCAUUGUGCGACCAUCCAGCCAUUUUGGACAAAAGUGAGACACAGGGUUUGUUCAGUGCGGAUGCAAUUGAGAGGGCUUGGCAAAUUUUGGAUCAAAUUCCUGGAAGAGCGACUGGUGCUUAUAGUCACAGCCAGGGUAUCAAGGGAUUGCGUGACACGAUUGCUGCUGGAAUUGAGGCUCGUGAUGGUUUUCCUUCUAAUCCUGAUGACAUUUUCUUGACUGAUGGUGCUAGCCCUGCGGUGCAUAUGAUGAUGCAGUUAUUGAUAAGAUCUGAGAAGGAUGGAAUUCUUUGUCCCAUCCCUCAGUAUCCUUUAUACUCUGCUUCAAUUGCUCUCCAUGGUGGAACUUUGGUUCCAUACUAUCUUGAUGAAGCCACAGGAUGGGGAUUAGAAAUAUCUGAGCUUAAGAAGCAACUGGGGACUGCCAGGUCUAAGGGUAUCGCAGUUAGGGCAUUGGUUGUAAUAAAUCCAGGCAAUCCAACUGGGCAGGUUCUUGCUGAGGAAAACCAGCGAGAAAUUGUGGAGUUCUGCAAGGAUGAAGGUCUUGUUCUUCUGGCAGAUGAGGUAUACCAAGAAAAUGUUUAUGUACCUGAGAAGAAAUUCCAUUCUUUUAAGAAGGUUUCCCGGUCAAUGGGAUAUGGGGAGAAGGAUAUACAUUUAGUAUCUUUUCAGUCAGUUUCUAAAGGAUAUUAUGGGGAGUGUGGAAAAAGAGGAGGAUAUAUGGAGGUUACUGGGUUUGGUGCUGAUGUGAGGGAGCAGAUGUACAAAGUAGCUUCUGUCAAUCUUUGCUCUAACAUUUCUGGUCAAAUUCUUGCAAGCCUUGUCAUGAGUCCACCCAAGGUUGGAGAUGAAUCAUAUGAAUCAUACUGUGCUGAACGAGAUGGAAUCCUCUUAUCUCUGUCAAGGCGUGCAAAGAUGUUGGAAGAUGCAUUCAACAAUUUAGAGGGUGUAACAUGCAACAAGGCAGAAGGAGCAAUGUAUCUCUUUCCCCGUAUUCACCUGCCUGAGAAGGCUAUUAGAGCAGCUGAAGAGGUAAAAACAGCCCCGGAUGCAUUCUAUUGUCGUCGUCUCCUCAAUGCCACUGGAAUUGUUGUUGUUCCUGGUUCUGGCUUUGGGCAGGUUCCGGGCACAUGGCAUUUUAGAUGCACAAUUCUCCCUCAAGAAGACAAGAUUCCAGCAGUGAUAGACCGACUAACAGAUUUCCAUAAGAGUUUUAUGGAUGAAUACCGUGACUGAGGUAACCUUUGAGAACAAUUCAGAAUAAGGUUCAACCAUUUUUUCCCCAUUGGAGCCAGAUAUACAUGAACAUCAAUGUAUUUUGUCAGCUUUGUCCUGACUGUUUCUACAAGUUAGUUUUUGUGUGUUGCUGAGAAAUCACAUUAUGAGUUUGUUUUACAAAUUUGAAGUUACUCUUGUAUGGUCAAUGGAAAAUUCGACGGAUUGUUACAUCUCUGUCGAUAAUUUGAUUUGAUACAAUCAUAGAACAUAUAAAAAUCCAACAUUGCA